AUGGCGUGCGUGCGCGUGGAUAUCUCAGUGAUUCAUUGCUCGUCCGUCGUCCGUCCGCGAUUGUCGUCGUCGUCGCGGUUCACCUCCGUCACCGCCGUCACCGCCGUCACCGCUGUCACCGCCCCCGGCGCUUCGAGUACUUACGAGUUUCCGUCGCAGCAGCAUUUCUCCGCGUACCUACGACUGAAAUCCGUCACCACCAGCCCUGCAGUAUUUCGGUUUCGCUGUGUACACUGGUGCGUGCAGCAAUAA